AUGGCGCUAGAUAACACCGAUGACAUCAAUAAACAACUUCAUGUUGUGAUGUUCCCAUGGCUUGCUUUUGGUCAUAUCAUUCCUUUCCUUCAACUUUCUAAAUUCAUAACUCAAAAAGGUCACAAAGUCUCUUUUCUUUCCACUACAAAAACUAUCGAGCGCCUCCCUUCUGAUCUCGAACCGCUUAUAAAUUUAGUUCGACUCAAGCUUCCACAUGUUCAAGAGCUGCCGCAUAACGCAGAAGCCACUAUGGAUGUCCGUACGGAUGAUAUUCAUUACCUCAAAAAGGCAUUUGAUGGUCUCGAACCACAAGUCACUCGGUUUCUUGAGAAAGAGUCUCCUGACUGGAUUAUAUAUGAUUUUGCUCCUUAUUGGUUGCCUGAUAUCGCAGCUGGCCUUGGCAUCUCAAGGGGUUUUUUCGCUAUAGUAACCCCCUGGUUCAUGGCAUUUCGUGGACCAUUGCCCAAGGACGUGAUAAAUCAUUCUGAUAAUCAAAAAACAGUUGAAGAUUUUAUGAUGCCACCUUCGUCGAUACCCUUUCCUAACAAUUUAUGCUAUCGCAAACAUGAAGCUACGUGGAUGGUGGGUACUAGUUUGGUUAACGCUUCUGGGGUUACAGAUAUAUAUCGUUCGCAAAUGGUUAUAAAGGGUUCCGAGUGCGUGUUUAUAAGACAUUGCUUUGAAUUUGAACCCCAAUGGAUAACCCUUUUAGAAGAAUUAAACCAUACCCCUGUAGUUCCCGUGGGGUUAAUGCCACCAGAAACGGCAACCAAAGUUGGAGAAGAGAAAAGUGACACGUGGAUGACCAUCAAGACGUGGCUUGAUGGUCAUCCAAAAGGUCAAGCGAUAUAUGUGGCGUUAGGAAGUGAAGUUAUGGUGGGUAAAAGAGAGAUCAGUGAGUUAGCUUUAGGUUUAGAGCUUUCUGGGUUGCCCUUUUUAUGGGCUCUUAGAAAGCCUGCUGGUUUCACUGAGUCUAACUCAGUGGAACUGCCAGACGGAUUCUUGGAAAGAACCAAGGAUCGUGGGAUGGUAUUAAUGAGUUGGGUACCUCAGCUACAGAUACUCAGCCAUGAGUCGAUUGGUGGGUUCUUGACUCAUUGUGGUUGGGGGUCGAUUGUGGAAGGGCUAAUGUUCGGUCACCCUUUGAUAAUGUUACCAUUUUUGGUGGACCAAGGUCCUAAUGCUCGAGUGUUGGUGGAGAAACAAGUUGGAAUCGAGGUGCCACGAAAUGAAGAAGAUGGAUCAUUCACCGGGGACUCGGUGGCUAGAUCACUCAAUUCGGUUAUUGUCAAUGAUGAAGGGAAGAUCUACAAAGCCAACGCGAUGGCCUGGAGCCGAAUAUUUGGUGACAAGAAACUACACAAAAAGUAUGUAGACAACUUCAUGAAGUAUUUGAAAAGUCAAAGGGUGUAG